AUUCGCCCUACAGUAUGUAUACAAAAACAUAUAAGCUGAAGGAAGUAAGAAGCCGCAGCAGCAGGCAGACACAGACUGACCUUUGGGGGGCUUGCGGCAGAGGUGGCACUGAGGAGAAUGUGUGGUCACAGUGGCUCGCUUUGGCUGGGCCGUCGCCCAUCGUGGAGAGGCCAGGUAUAUCUGAUACCCCCAGGGUUCCGGCUAUGAAGCCGCCUCCAUUCUGGAUGUACGCAUUUGACAUGUCCUCCCAGUGUUCCCAGCAGGUUUGAGAGGUUGAUCUUUAUUAAAAAAAGAUUUUUGAAGAUUUAUGUAGGUAACCAUUAAGUCAUCUAACGCACGUUUCCUCAUUUGUGUUUUACCUAAUGGCCCCUUGUCGCUUGUAGGUCAUGGGAUCUGCCACUAGGGGCAGACUGAAUGAAAGAAUGCAUGAAUUGCAUUUAUAUAGCGUUUUCAAGAUACCCAAAGUGCUUUACAGAAUCAAUGGGGAACCACUUCAACCACAACCACUGUGUAGCCCCCACCUGGAUGAAGCGAUGGCAGCCGUUCCGCACCAGUACGCUCACCAUAGAGUAGCUAAGGUAGUGAAGGGGCAGGAGAGAAUUCACCAGUUCACCACCGACGGCAGUAAAUUAUUUGAGCCAGCUAAAAUGUCCCAAACUAGCCAGCAAGGAAACUAGUGAAAUAAUGUGUGAAUCAGAAGAGGAAUGAAGCUGAAAUCCGCAAGCCUAGUUAGAUGUAACCAGAUCUGAAGGCAACAUUUUAUGGCAUGAUGUCGUUUAAGUGUUAAGCUAUUUUAACCCUGUGUCAACUGUAUAAUGUAUAUCGUCUGAUAAUUUAAUUUCAAGCCACACUUUAGACUUUUUUGUUGUUGCUGCUGGCGUUUCUGUCUUGUGGGUAACUGAAUAAAAAAAAUGUUUUGUGUGUAUUCAGCAUAGCUGUGGUACAUGUCUGGUACAUGUGGAUUGUAGAAAUAACAUAAAGCCAGACUAUUCCUCCAGUUUUCACUACUACUGAGACGUCCAGACAACAUACAGUACUGAUCUUUGUUGAAGACUGAUCAGAUGACUGUUCUUUAUACAUGUAAUACCUUUACGCAGAAAUUCCUAUGUAUGUCACAGGGUGAUAUGUUCAGAAGGCAGGAAUGAGAAGAUAUCAGCAACCUGGCAACAGAGCUGCCAAGCCUCCAGCCCAAAUCCCACCACAGCCCAGCUGUUGUACCUUUGCACAUUUCAUAUAACCCAAACAGCUUCAACAGAAUAUUAAAGUGUCUGUGACUUUGAGUAGAUAAGAUAAGGAACUGAGUGGGAUAUUGUGUCAUUAUAGGCAACCUACAGGGUUGCCAGACAGAGGUAUUUCAUGGCAACUCAGCUUUGUAGCUGUCCAGUGUUUAUAUCAGGCCUUUGCUGCUGUCACACCACUGGAAGGAGCUGAAAGUCCAGGCCUCAGUUUGCAUCCAGGGCUGGAGUCCCCGGUCAGCCCCGGGAUGCUGCUGAAAUCCAACCCCAGGCUUUAAGGCCUGCUUACGUCCUCUAGUAGACAAGCAGAUAAAAAAUGCUAAAGAAAUUGUGUGUGUGAAGGUGGGGGUAUUUCAUCUCAAGACUGUCCAAACAUCCUCCUUUGUUUUUCUUUUUAAACUGGACAUACACAAUCGCGGCGACAGAAAUUGAGGUUCUGAAAGUUUCUGCUGGAGGGAAUUACGACACAUGACACGUAGCUUGGAAAUUUUGGAGGCCUGGUCAAGUUUGAGCUGGACCCACCUUCAGCUCUGAGGUGUGGGGUGGGUAGGGAGGGGGUCUUGGGAAAAAAACUCAAAAGAAAUGCCCUAAAAUGUGAUCCAGCUUCCUUCCUAAGCACAAUAAUAGAAACAUCUGUGAUUGGUUGGGAUUUGCCCAGCCUUGAGAUGGACUGAGCCUGAAAUUGGUUGGAGGGUUAUUUUUAAAUGUUCAGAAAUUAAACGGAACUACACUCAUAACUGUGUAUGGAGAGCCUGCUGACAUAGGGAGGGGCUAAUUGAGACCUUACGUGGCUGUAUCUCGGCUGCAUAUCUGCAUGCUCAGUCAGCACCACGACAUCUGACUCGUCUGGAAGCCCAAAGUGUCAGAGCAGGACGGGGUGCCAGCGGAACUUUCCGGGUGUCAAGGGCAACGUGUAAGUAGAGAUGUAAGAAUGGCACAGGUGGCCAUCGACCAUGCAUGUCUGACUGCGGUCGUCAGUCAUGAUACUGAAACCGGCACCGGAGGCUGCGAUGCAGCCGCCGAGGGGAAGUGUGGUGGCGAACUCUUCACAGGAAUGAAGAUACCUUUGUUUGACAAAGAUAAAAAUGUGACAGGUAGAGCAUCGCCAAAAUGCUCAGGAACGGCAGUGACGUGGCGAUGACCAGCUGGCAGGUCAAGGAGACUCACCUGGAGAACGUCCUCUUUGCUUCCUUCUACAUCGUGAUCUUCAUCUUCGCGGUUCCAGGAAACGCCUUGGCUCUGGGCGUUUUCAGCCGACAGAAGAAGAUCUCACCCUCCAAGGUCUUCCUCAUGAAUCUGGCUGUGGCGGAUCUCUCCUAUGUGAUGGUUCUGCCCAUGCGUGCCACCUACCACCUCAUGGACAAUGACUGGCCCUUUGGGGAGAUCCUCUGCCUUCUGAUUGGGUACCUCUUCUACCUUAACAUGUACUGUAGUCUCUUCUUCAUGGCCUGCAUCAGUCUGGACCGCUUCCUGGCCGUUGUCCUGCCAGUCAGGUCUCUGGUGCUGCGGCAAAGGCCCCUGUACACACGUGUGGUCAGCGUCGUCUUGUGGAUCUCCUUGAUUGUUUGCUCGGCCCCCAUGCUGCUGUCCAAGAAGGUUCUAAAGGUGGACAACUUGACCAGGACAGUGUGUGGCCAGCUCUACCUGGAGAAGACCUCAGCCAAAGCACUGCUGCCCACAGCCGUGGCUUUUCUGCUCCCCAGCAUCAUCAUACUGGGUUCCUACAUCCUGAUACUCCAUCGUCUGUGGAGCCUAAGGCAGCCAGGAAAGAAGUCAGUGGAGAGGAAGGCGGUCAAGAUGAUCACAUUGAUCCUUCUGAACUUCUCCAUGACUUUCAUCCCCUACCACAUCAACCGCUUUAUCUACAUCCAGGCCUGCAGACGGGAAGACGUAGACAUGGCCUCCAUCGUGUUCAGCAACAGGAUCACUUCAUCCUUGACUUGUCUCAGCGGAGUCUUGGACCCAGUUUUAUAUUUCUUUCUUGCCAAGACCUACCAGAGAUCCUUGGUUCAACUUUUCUGCAGGAGACAAAAAAGGCAAAAGAAGCAGAAUGUCAAUUCUGCUUCCAGCUAAUUAGUGACUGCAUUCAGCUAUGAAGCGAAGUGACUCAUGUUUCAUGCUUUUAGGUCCUUAACCCCAGUUGCUCUGGGGAUCAGUGAGACUCUGCUGUCUGAUCUUCACUCAACAAAAUAAAUUUUAAAGUACAUAUAUCAGCCAGUGCCUACUGUGGCUGACCUACACCUGCUACUCUAACAGCUGUUAAUGAGUAAAUAAAAAAUGUACUAGUAGAAUCUUCAUGAACUUGUUUUGGUGCAGUAUUAAUUACAUAUACUUAUUUAAGUUAUUUCUUGGACAUUGUUUGAAAUACAAAAAUGUUUAAUAUGGGAAGUGACAGAGGUGGCUAGUUCAGAUCCAGAAAGUAAAAAUCCAGACCAAAAUUUUAUUUCAACCAACCAGUUGAGUACUCUGUCACUCAUUCUUUCUACCCAACUGGAUGGUUGAAACAAAAUCUUCAUCUGGAUAUUUAUGGAUCUGAACUUCCACCUCUGGGAUGUGGGACUUGGGUAAGCAUCAACAAAGCAGUGAAUGGGAUUUCUAAGCUGCUUUUUCAGGGACUACAGGGGAUGAACGGCUCACCUUCCUAACAGACCCCAAGCUUCACUCUUCCCUGGGUUUGUGUGAAUGUUUUUAAAAGGACAGCAAGAUAGGAUAUGUGAAGAUGGACACAUUCCAAUGUACCUGUUCUCAAUCUUGUAUAAAUGGCAAACAGCAAAUAAAGCUUCAUUUCAUUUUA